CAUAGCCAAUCCCAAUAAGGCAGCAGCUGAGAGGGGAGGGAGGAGGGUAAAGAAACAAAGGCACAGAAACCCAAAAUAGAUAGAAAAAAAAAGGGGGGGGGUGGAAUGAAGCUCAAAGUAUAUGCAGAUCGAAUGUCUCAGCCAUCUCGUGCUGUCAUCAUCUUCUGCAAGGUAAAUGGUAUAGACUAUGAGGAGAUCAAAGUACAUAUCUCGAAGGGUCAGCAUUUAACUCCUGAAUUCGCGGAAAUAAAUCCCAUGAAACAGCUGCCUGCCAUUGCUGAUGGAAGAUUUAAGUUGUUUGAGAGCCAUGCCAUUCUUAUCUAUCUUGCUUGCGCAUUUCCUGGAGUUGCAGACCAAUGGUAUCCAGCUGAUGUUUUCAAGAGAAGUAAGAUACACUCGGUGUUGGAUUGGCAUCACUCCAACUUACGUCGUGGUGCAGCCCCAUAUGUUUUCAAUACUACAAUUGCACCUAUACUUGGCCGUCCAUUGAAUCCACAAGCAGCUGCUGAAGCUGAGAUAAUUCUGUCCUCAUCUCUUUCGAAGCUAGAGUCCUUUUGGCUCAAGGGUAAUGGACGUUUUUUGCUAGGCGGGAACCAACCAUCCAUAGCAGAUCUUAGCCUUGUUUGCGAGUUAACGCAACUUGAGGUUUUGGAUGAGAAGGAUCGCACUAGGUUAUUGGGUCCGCACAAGAAAGUGCAGCAAUGGAUUGAGAACACAAGAAAUGCCACAAAUCCUCACUUUGAUGAAGUACAUAGAGUGAUCAUGCUGGCCAAAGAAAGACAACAACAUCAGCGGUUAAAGGCAGCAAAAAAUGAAGGCGGAUCCAACAUGAAAAAGCCGUUGGUUUCUAGAAUGUGAGGGAAAACCGUAUUACCAAGUACUUAUUUCCAGAUGAUAAGCAAUUAUUAGCUUGUAUAAACACGAUACAUGUUUUACCUAUGGUUUAUACUGCAAGUCCUAUGGUUAGAUUUAUACUGUUGUCCUAACUCUAGUAUCUAUUGUUGCAAAUUUUCAUUCUCAAAAGCUGUGUUGCUUGAUCAGUAUCACUAAUGGAUAUUAUUUGUUGCCCUUGCUCUAAGGGUUUUGCA